ACCAUUACCUCUUCGUCCUCCGAGAGAUCGCUGGAAAUGGCGAAGAGUUUGAUGAUGAUGGGGUUCGUCAUGGCGUUGGUGACCGUGCUCCCGGGCCUCGCGUCGGCACAGUCGGGCUGCACGGCCGUGAUCCUCGGCCUCGCUCCGUGCCUGAGCUACAUCACCGGCAACUCCUCCACCCCUUCCUCCUCGUGCUGCACGCAGCUCGCCCGCGUAGUGAAGUCGCGGCCGGCGUGCCUCUGCUCGGUGCUCAACGGCGGGGCGUCGUCGUUGGGGAUCACCAUCAACCAGACCCGGGCGUUGGCCAUGCCCGGAGCCUGCAAGGUCCAGACUCCGCCGGUUAGCGCGUGCAGUGCUGUGAGCAGUGGGCCAGCAGCUGCGCCAGAGGCUUCUCGCACGACGACUCCGGAGACCCCACCGACGCCGUCUGUCCCUGCCAGCCCCAAAACGGAGACACCAUCGCCGCCGUCGGUUCCCAGCAGCGCCACUGCCGCAAGACCUUCUACACCAUCAACUCCAACCGCAGGAAGCGGAUCGAAGGCUACGCCCUCAACUACUGGAGCAACUUCGGAUGGGAGUUCUUACAAGCCAAGCAGUUCUCUGAUGACUUCAGUCCUCUAUGUAGCUGGAUGCAUCUUGUUGAUGGCCAAUCUGUGAGUCUACUGCAUGAUCUGGACUGUGGCUACUACUGCAUCAUUGGCCUCUAAAAGCUCGUCUAUGUCGACUUUGUGUCACUUCUAAUGCUGGCUCUGUUUUAAUCGAAUCAUGGUUUUAUUUGUUUAUCUGUGUGAUAUAGAAUGCAAUUUUAUUUGUUUCCUCAAUGAAGAGAUGGGUGUUUGUAUCGUCUGAGGUGUAAUAUACAGUAUGUAUUACUUGUACUGCUGAAGUGGUGCCUCUCAUAGUCCUCA